AGUUUCUCUCGUCAACUUGCUUCAUGUCUCCCUCUCCUCACCCAGCUUCCUCGGAGGCUUCUUCAUCCCGUCAGCAGCAGCAACAACAGCCAGUGGCUAACUCUGAUACUAUUGAUAACAAGAAGCGUGUACGGUAUAUCUGUUACUUGUGUCGUAGGAGAUUCCCUGGCCUGGAACAACUGAAUAAGCAUGAAAGGCUCUCCGAUCUCCAUAGGAGCAACCUCGAGAAGCUGGAGCAGAGUACAUUAUCGCGACGACUUGAGUUGCGUCAACAGCUGCAAGCUAUACGUAGGGACCUCGAUGCUUUGAGUGAACAUCAGAGUCCAAGCUGGGAUGAAGGGGCAACUCAAGACAUGGACAAUGGUUUGAAAAAGCAAUAUAAACGUCAACAGUUGCAGCUAAGUAUGAAGCAGGCUGAGAUGGAACUAGGGGUUUUGCAUGAGAAGUGGGAAGAACGUCGUAGAGCUCCAACAACGACUCAUAUCGAUCAGUCAGGAGAUUCUCACAAUCGUGCUGAGCAGUUGCAGAAUCUCUCUAAGGAGGCAGACACUCGGCCGACACUGACUAUGGAUCCGGUUUCACUCAGCGAUGGCGGGGUGAGCCUAUGGAUAGGUGCUGAGACGUGGAAGGGCAACAAACCUACUCAAGAGGACAGGUUCGUUUUGGAUAUGAAAAUUAAGACACCAGAUGGGGAUCCUUAUGUACAUGGAGUAGCUGUAUAUGAUGGGCAUAGUGGAGGUGCAUGUGCGGACUAUGUGGUAGAACAUCUGGGCAAGACUAUUACACAGUGUUUGCGGGCUAAGCCGACAGAGCAGGCCUUUGUGGCACGAUUAAAGCAAAGUGUUAGGGAGGCAUUCAUACUCACAGAUGACGACUUCCUACAGCUAGCUAGCAAUCAUCAAAUGCCUGAUGGGACUACUGCUAUCAUUGGACUCUUCUGGGCUGACAGCUAUCAUCGUGUGAAAUUGCUCACAGCUCAUGUUGGUGAUUCUCGUGGAGUUUUGGGUAAACAGGAUGGCUCUAUGUCGAUGAGACUGACCGAGGAUCAUAAACCUAAUCGGGAGGAUGAGGCUCAGUGGAUAUCGGAGCACGGUGGGAACCUAGCUGAGGUCAAUGGUAUAUGGCGGGUCUUUACUCCUACCGCAGUGAAGGUCGGAGAUAAGGUCCUGCAAUGGGGUUUAGCUGUGUCGAGGUCUCUUGGGGACCUUCCAUUGAAGAGGCCUCAAGCUGUUAUCCAGGCCCAAGCCGAGGUCAGUGUUUUCGACAUCAACCCUAAUGAGGAUCGGGCAGUUGUCCUGGCUACAGAUGGCAUUUACGAUGUCCUCACUGAUCAAGAGGUAAUAUCUCUGAUAUCACCCCUCUCCAGCAAGCCAUCACUCCGGCCGGAAGUGGGGGCUCGACGGAUACUACGACGUAGUUAUGAGCGGCUCUCUGAUGAUAAUCUAACGGCAGUGGUGAUAUAUAUGAUGCCUCCAGGAGUAAAGGAGACGCUUGACCUAUCAGCAAAGAAGCGGCCAUCGAAGGCCAGUGAUGAGAGUCUUAGCUCUGAGAGUAUCAAGCGGCAACGUAAAUGAUCAUACUCUCACUAGUUGCAUUAUGCCGCAUCUUC